AUGAGUAGUAACGAUGAUCAUAUAUUAGCCACAUUGAAAAUUCUCAUUAUUGGAGAAUCUGGUGUCGGAAAAAGUAGUCUUCUCUUACGAUUUACUGAUGAUAGAUUCGAUGUUGAAAUGGCUGCAACUAUUGGUGUAGACUUUAAAGUAAAACAACUAACUAUCGAUGGAAAUCGAGUUAAAUUGGCUAUCUGGGAUACCGCAGGGCAAGAACGUUUUCGUACUUUAACACCUGGCUAUUAUCGCGGUGCACAAGGUGCUAUCCUUGUUUAUGAUGUGUGCAAUCGUGAUUCAUUUCGACAAUUAGAUCGAUGGAUUGCAGAAUUAGAUACAUUUUCAACAAAAAUGAAUAUUAUUAAAAUGCUUGUUGGAAAUAAAAUUGAUCAGGAAGAUAAGCGAGAAGUAACGCGUGAUGAAGGUGCAAGAUUUGCACGUAAACAUUCAAUGUUAUUUAUUGAAGCAUCAGCUCGUACACGUGAAGGUGUACAAAUUGCAUUUGAAGAACUUGUUGAAAAAAUUAUUCAAACUCCAUUAUUAUGGGAAAAUGAACAAAAAUCGAAAGAAAAUACAGUUCAACCACAUGAUAAUGAGAAUUCUAAUGAAGCUGCACAAGGAUGUUAUUGCUAA